AUGAAGUUCAAAGCCCUCUCAUUAAUCUCGGCAUUUGCUCUUUAUCAAAGCGCAGUUGCUGCUCCCCUCCCAUCAAGAGAUCCUGUAGUUAAUCUCUGCCCUUCUGGAUAUUUUGCGUUCACAUUUGACCAGGGGCCAAGUCUUUACACUGGAGAUAUCCUCGAUGCAUUGAGGAAUCUUAACGUUAAAGCCACAUUUCAUCCAGUAGUCACUUUUCUCAAUGAAGCAGCAAUUGUAGCUAACUUGCAGCGUGCAGCUGAAGAGGGCCAUCUAAUUGGAUUGUCGCUUGAAGAGGAUUUCGAACUCAAUGGCAUCAGCGAUGAAGAUUUGUUAGAUGAGAUUUCCGCUCGUGCAGAUAUCAUCAAACAGGUGGUCGGAUAUAAACCUGUUUAUCUGCGAAUUCCGAAAUACAAAGAUCUCGGCAUCGAGCAGCUGCAAAAAAUCAUCUCAAAAGGAUAUAUCAUUUCAACGUAUAAUAUCGACUCCUAUGAUUAUUCCAAGGAUGAUAUUCUCGGUGUCUAUAAACAAACCCUUGACAAAAUGUCGCCGAAUACCAAGGGUGGUUUCAUUUCCGUCCAGCGCGAUUAUCUCGCGUCUUCCGCAUCAGCCACGGAAAAUGUCAUUGAAUAUGUUCUUGAGAAGGGCUACAAAGUCGUCACAAUCGACCAGUGUGCCAAGAGCAAAGUUAAGGAUGCUCCCGGUCCUAAAGGGCUUGGUCAAAUUAAGAGCAGAGAAAGUGACGCCUCCCAUGCAUUCGUUUCCUCUUUUUUGACAGGAACCUUAUUGCUCAUCGCUUUCCUCGCGGGUCUCUAA